AUGACUGAGACAAACCCAGUAUUUACACUCAUUGCUGCCUUUUGGACCCCAGUGGAUUACCGUACUCGACAGCUGCAAUCUUGGGAAGAACUAGCAAGGAGGCCGCUGCCAGCAUCGAAGAAUCUGUUCCUCGAUUACAUAUCACCGCAUCCCAUGACAUCAUUUUUAGCGUCACUGAAGCGCCAACACUGGCCUAUCUCUGCUGUCCUUCUAGGCUCAUCCUUUCUCAAGAUCAUUAUAGUUUUAUCUACUGGUCUUCUCACUUCACAAUAUAGCAACAGGCCGAUCCCGGUGAACUUGGAAAUGGUUGAGCAGUUCCAUUUGCACGGCUUCAACGCAACCAGCGUCAACGAUACGGCCGGGUCGAUAUACACGAGCCUCCUGCUCAGGCAGAUCAAAGUUCCACAGGGUACCAAUGCAGAAUAUGCAGUUGAGCUGUUCAAACCGUCUAUAAACAUCAGCUCAAACUCAUACAGCCUGAUGGCCCGCGUGAACACGAUUACAGCAAAACUUGAAUGCGAUGAAGCUAUCAUGAAUAGCGAAGUUGAACUCAAAUGUCCUCCCGCAAGCAGCUGUCGGACUGACUGGAUCACUAUGGCGGCUGAAACCCCAGAUUGCCGGAUCGCUGCCUUUCCUACCAAGAACAGAACCCUGACAGUAACUAGUGCCACAGAAGGGAAUAUGGGUCCUCAAGACGAGUUCGACUAUAGUUCUUGGUACGGGGAUGCCUUUCUCGAACAAUGCGAAGGAGACGAUACGGGGACAGACCGCAAUCGUAUUGUGAUUGUCAGUCUGUACAAAAGUCCGGGCCCGAUCCUGACAAAUAGUACCACCCUAUUUUGCAAACCGUCGAUUAAGAUCCAACAAAGCACUGUCGCACUCGAUCAGUCUGGAGCAGUCAUCAGUGUAGACAACAGUGUACCGUUGCAAAUAUCGGACAGUCCCACCAUCGACCAAAUCUCCAAUGCUGUGAGGACUGCUGUGGACCGAGCUCCAUCCAUCGAAGGGGCACAGAUUUACAGCAACAACACACGAAGAUACGGUUUCAAAUCUUUUGUGAGGCUGAUGUUGUUAUCCCAGAACUCGACAUCAAUCCAUGACGCGUCGGAUUUUGAACUACUGGCCAAGGGGGCGAAUGCUGUCUAUCGGGGUCUCACUGUUCAACUUGCAAAACAAUACCUACUGAUUUCCAACUCGACAAAGCCUCAUCGAGACCUCAAUAGCAGAUUGUCUCAUAGUCAUCAGAGACUUUUCGUCCGAAUCCGGCCUCUACGCAUUAUUGAAUCAAUUCUGGCUGCCCUGACAUCGAUAUCGAUCUUUCUUGCUUUUCGAAGAUCUCUCAACAAAGCACCACAAGACACAGCCUCGAUUGCUCGUCUCUCUUCAGCUAUUUCUCAAAGCCACGAUCUGGUGAAUCUGCUGUCAGCGACCGGGUCUUGGCCGCUCAAGAGCCUUCGACACAUGCUCGGGGGACAGUAUCAGAGCAAGCUCCGAACGAGCAUGGAAGGUUCCGAGGCAAAGACCCACGCUUUUGCAAUAGAAAAACAUGGACCAGCCGGCUCUCCGCCAUCGCCAAUGUUGCAAAAGACUUGGCAACCGUUCAUGCUCUCAUGGUACUCUCGAUUGGCGCUGCUUGUAGUACCUUUAGGGCUCAUUGUUGCCCUCGAGGUCCUUUUGCAGAGAUCACGUAGCAAUAAUGGUCUCCUUGAAGUCAAUGACACUAAAAUAAAGCAAAUACAGAUGGGAACCAGCUACGUUCCUGCUCCGCCCAGAAGCGUGUUUCAGCUUAGCAACGAGUCAACAACGCGUACCGCCCGUCUGGCCGCUUACGGGAAGUUGGACGACCUUAUUGGGCAUCACGGCCCAUACGUCGUUCCUUCAAUGUCGUUGUCACCGCCAGAGCUUGAAGAGUUGAACAUCACAUCGAUCGAAGUACAAACUCCAGUACAGAAGGGUACGCUGGACUGCAGCCUAGUAGCUCCGGAGAAGACCAAUGUGAUCUAUGAACCUAAUAUGACCAAUGAGAUGUAUUUUCAGUGGCCAGAUAUAACUCAGGACUGCACAGGUAAGGGCUACCUCAACGAGAGUGUUGAAUUUGUCAUGGGUAUAGCAGAUGGACCAUUUGGCCGGUGGUCAACUGCCUUUAGCACAGCUCACGAUUGCCCGAAUUCGUGGGGUAUCUACGGGACUUGGCUAGGUGGACAAGCUACGGAUUUAAACGUUGUACAGUGCUGGAGCGCAUUCCAAGAAACCCAGGCAUCGAUCUACAUUUCAAUGCCGAAUUGGGAGAUCGAAUCCCUAUCCCUCGACAAGAGCACCUCAAAGGAUGUUUAUACAGGGAUGGGCGCACAACUGAAGUUACUAAACGUCUUUCCGAGUAUACAAUCCAACUCCAAUGCGACGCUAGUCCAAUACGCAAAUUUCGAUGGUCCCUUCAGCAGCUUCCUCCGUAGCCAAACACCAAACACCUUGAACCUGAAACUUACGCAGCGAGACAAGUUUGACGACCUAUACGCCCGAAUCCAGGAGAUUUACGGGUUGGUAGUCGCAAGAACCAUUGAUGCUCAAGGCCGGAACACUACCCUGCUUACUGAAAAUCCACUCUUUCGCGCCACGGCGACCGACUACAUCAAUCGUUUAGCUCAGAAUGUAGCCUCGACUCGUAUUCUGCAAAGUCUACUUGCAUGGAUGAUGAUAUGCGCGUUUAUUUCGGUGUGCACGCUACGCCUGUCAGAUAUCCUGCCAAAAAGUCCGUGCAGCAUCGCGGCACAAGCAAGUCUUGUUGCUGGAUCGAAGAUGCUGGCUAGGGUACCACCUGAAGCGCAGUGGAUGGAUGAUCGCGAAUUUGAUGCGCUGUUCAAGAACACGAAGUAUAAACUAGGAUGGAACAUUGGCGUUGAUGGGAAGGAAAGAUUUGGCAUUGAUGUUGAUGAGCGCUUUUCACUACUCCGGGACGGUAAAUCCAACACGGGCGUAUUGAGUUGA